CUUCUAAUAGCGUGUGUGUGUGUGUGUGUGUGUGUGUGUGUGUGUGUUCGUUGAAGCUCCGCCCUCCAACUCUUUCCAUUCCUGACCUGUACGCCAGGAGACUUGAGCUCCACUGAGGACAGUUUCACUCAACACCACCUUGAUGACAGUAACACCUUCAUAGUUUUCCUCAUCUAGGAGGUCAGUACAGACAUUUCAUGGCUCAUUAGAAAUAACUAUCUGGAAAGCAAAGAGGAAACAUCUUCAAGAAACAAAAAAAUGAGAUCACUUUCACUGGCUGUUGGAUGAAAUGUGCAGAGAUUCUGAAUGAAGCCGCACUGAACCGUGUUGCGGUCCUGCAGUGUUCCGUUCAAGCCGCAGAGGAGAAAUGAUGGGAAAGGAUUUAACUAAAAUUUAGUCCAUAGUUAAAAGAAUAUACACAACUUAAUGUCGAGAAAUAACCUUAAUAUAUGUCCUGUCCUGUUCUAGCAUCCUGAAAGCAUGCGCAGAUGUGAUGCGGGGAUCCACCGCAUGCUGGGAUCCAGUCUCGUCUUUAAUGUGUAGUUUUGAAUGUUCUUUCUUCUGUAAACAUGGAACUAAAGAAGAGGCUGAAAGUGUGUUUCCUCCUGUGACUUCACGGAUCAUGUAAUAUCUGCUGUAAAGAUCUACUCGUCUCCUUCGGACGGCCACUUUGGUGCAGCGACCCAAACACUCAGCACGGCGAUUUACACGACCAUAAACCCCGCGUACAUGGGCAACAAAAACGUCUCCUCAGUGAACACUGCUGCAGAGCCUGGACAAGAGGAAAAAGCUCCACUUCAGUUCCCCUCCUCUGGAUCAUGAUGCUACAUUUUCGUUCACUAAUGAAUGAAUAAUUGGCACAUUGUGAGGCGACAUGACUUUUUCUAAGCCAGAGGACGACUCUGAUCAUAUGAUUUCAGAAAACCACACACUGAAUUCACUGAUUUUGCUCAUGUCCGCGUAAAAAUGAAGAUUGUUGUAGGGAUGGAUCUGUGGAAGCUUUCCGGCUGCUGUCCCGCGCUCCUGGUGCUGAAAUGUGUUCCAUAAAAUAGACACCAAAUAUUUGAGCAUGUAGUGAAGACCAUCCUGCCAGCGGAUGCUGAUUCAGAGGAUCUUCUCUAAUGAGGAUGGGAAGCAGGAGCACCGGUUCUGGCCCGUGCGGUUGUGCGACCCGGGGUGGAGCUGCUCGGUGUCCCGCGUGCUCGUGGUGCUGAAAUGUGCACAAUGUCCCCGCGGCAGAGGCUUCCGGGCUGCCGCUCGCUGCACAUCAACGAGGACAACGGACGCUUCGUGCUGCUGGCGCUGCUCAUCCUCGGGUACCUUCUGUGCGGCGCCGCGGUUUUCUCUGCCAUCGAGCGGCCGUCGGAGGUUCGAGCUCGCGCGCGCUGGAAUCGCACGUUGCACAACUUCAGCGACGCCUUUAACAUCAGCAUGCACGAGCUCAGCUCCUUCCUGCGCGAGUACGAAAGCGCUGCAGCCGCCGGGAUUCGAGCAGAUGCCCUCCGACCACGAUGGGAUUUUACGGGGGCAUUUUACUUUGUGGCAACGGCUGUGUCAACUAUCGGCUAUGGGAUGACAACCCCAGUGACCGUAGCUGGCAAAGUGUUUCUGAUCUUCUAUGGUCUUCUUGGAUGUGCAGCCACUAUUCUGUUCUUUAACCUUUUUCUAGAACGUAUCAUUACUCUCUUAGCUGUUGUGAUGAAAGCUUUUCGGCUACAUCGCUUACGUACCAGUGGCCUGCUCCCACCUGGAAUUUGCCAGGACUUUGCUGCCAGCACUCUUCCAGGUUGGAAGCCCUCUGUCUACCAUGUGAUGCUGAUCCUGGGCCUGUCAGCUAUCAUCAUCUCCUGUUGUGCCUCAGCCAUGUACAGCCCCAUUGAAGGCUGGGCGUACCUCGACUCCCUUUACUUCUGCUUCGUCACCUUCAGCACUAUUGGUUUUGGAGACCUGGUGAGCAGCCAGAACAAAUCCUACAGCUACCAGGGCCUGUACCGGAUGGCCAACUUCCUUUUAAUCCUGACCGGAGUGUGCUGCAUCUACUCACUCUUCAACGUGAUUUCAAUUGUUAUCAAGCAGGUCCUCAACUGGAUGCUGAGUAAAAUGAGUUGUCUAUGCUGCCAGCAAUGCAACAAGGCCAGCGCUUUCCUGGGGCGGCGCAAUGCCAUCCGCCCUGGUUCACGCCUCAGACAGGGCCAUUUUGGACACCCGUAUGACUCUGAGGGACCUUGUGACAAUGAUCGGGAGGGAAGAAGGCUUUCUGGUGAGAUGAUCUCCAUGCGGGACUUGGCAGGCUCAAACAAGAUAUCGCUGGCCAUCAUGCAGAAACAGCUUUCAGAGACUGCAAAUGGAUAUCCCAGAACAGUUUGUGGAAGCUCAAGACACAAUGGUUUCUCUGGUGGAGUUGGAGCUUUAGGCAUCAUGAACAACAGGCUGGCAGAGACAAGUGACUUAAGGUAAACAUGUCAUAUGGAUCGAGAGUGAUACUAACAGGAAAGCUUUUCUAAGUCAAAGCCUUGAAGUGAUUUUGACUACAGUGUGAAUUUGCCUUGUACACAGAAAAACAGCAUGAUCUGCAUGAUGUAUUUUAGAUAUCUAUUUGAGCCAGGGUUCAGAUGAUACCCCACUGGAAUUAGGCUACAACUGAAAAGGUGAUGGAUUUAUUUUAAAGUGGAGUAAGAAACCCCAUGUGACUUGAUAAAGUGCAAAAGCUGCAUAAUGAUCUUCCUGAGCCUGUGUAGAGGCGUACAGUACUAAAGGUCAAAGCAUUUGUAGUUAAGUACGUUCAGUAUUUUCUAGCUUUAUUUUAGUUAAAAUAUUGGAAAUGCAUAGUACAACAUUGCUAUACAGACAAACCCCAAACUAAGGAAUAUUCAUUUUUAAAAAAGGGUCUAUGAUUAAUAUAGAACGUGUCUAUUUGACAGGAUUAACUCACAGAACAUCAUCAAACAUCUUGCACAUGCCUAUAUUUCAGCUAUGCAUCUCUUUCUUAUAGGGUUAUUAUUAUUGCAAAUAAUCUUGAUGAAAUAUUCAAAUGUAAAACAUACAUAUCAGAAAUUAUGUUCAUGCAAUUGUGUGAAAAACCUGUGACCCUUUUUGGAAUGAUCUACUGUAACUCUAUAAAAAUUAACCCUUUUAACUUCGGUCAUAAUAAGAAUAAACAAGAACACUUGUAUAUAACAAUAACCUGUAGUCUUUUAAAAGUUCCAUGUCAUUAUUAAGCAUUUAAAAAACAAGAUAAUUGAUGGGAACUUACAUUACUUACAUUAAAUAUUCUUAUUAGUAAAACCUUUUGGCAAUAAUCACAAAAAAGAGGUACGGGUGAUUGGAUUUGAGGUUAGAUGGUAUUUUGGUCAGGAACGCUUUUCUUGUGAUCGUAUAGCAGCAGUUUAAUAGGAUUAAAGCAGUAAUAUCACUACGUUUAUGUUUGAGAUCAUUUUAUUGCUGAAGAUACUGAUAUUUGUAUAGCGAAUACCCUUAUGUUAACUUUUGGAUUAUUGAUCCCUUUUUAAACUCAAUUAAAAGCUUCUUCACCUGCCACCCAAUACCGCGUUGCUCAAACGUUCGGAUUUGACACAAUUUGUUGAUGCAUUAUAUAAUAUAUAAUAUAUAUAAAGGUAUUUUUACCACUAUUCCAUUAAUCAUAUACAUUUCCUGGGUAAUUUUCUGUCAGUUCUUGAUUUGUAUCAUAAGGUCAUUUCACAAUAAUUGCUAAAAGACAAGUUUUUUAUUACAUCAGAUUUCCAUUGGGUCAGAGGUUUACAUAUAACUUAAUAUUUUGCAAUUAAAAAUCUAAAGUUUAACCCAUUACAACAGAGAAACUCUGCUUUUUCAGAUUGAUAAACAUUUUUUACAUUAUGUGCUACUGAUGCUGCAUUAAGGGCAAUUCACCGAUCGAAAUGAAUUUAAUUUCUACUUUUGCAAUUUCGAUCGACUAUGUGGAAAAAUGUAUAAUGUUUGUCUUUUGAUAACAAAUUGUCCAGAUAAAGGUGGUGAGUGAAAUGAGGAAAUAUAUCUGUAUGUUGUGUGCAGUUGUUUUGGGUUGAUGGAGCUGAGAACAUUACUGCAUGUUGAUAAGAAGGAAUUUUCCAAGAUGGAGAGGUGUUUCUUUAGCUUCUGUUGAAUAAAGUUUUAAAAUAACACGCAUGUCAUGAAGUCGAAGGAAAUGCUCGCAUCAACAUUUCCUAAAGCUGUUUAAUAUUACAAGAAGAGCACCCAAGGGAAAGAGCUGACUGAAAUAGUGGCAGUUUAUAUUGGGAGUGAUUUGUUGAUCAUGCUGAUAAAGAAAGUGGUGCAGAAAUAGUACCAGCACCAGACAAUAACCAGACAAUAACCAGACAAUAACCAGACAAUAACCAGACAAUAACCAGACAAUAGGAAUAGAACCAUUUUUCAUUAUUUACUAUAGAUAGCGCUGUUACUAUUUUUGUGCCUGUCAAUUUUAAUAACAAUUACAUUGUAUACAAUCUAAUAAAUUAAAAGUAUGAAAAACUAACAGAGAAUUAUUCAUAUUAUCAACAUCGCAAGAUCCUGUUUAAUGUACAAAGAAAAGUCACUGAACCUGUGCAAAAAUCAUCGCAGGACAAACAACUUAAAUACAAGCAUUAAUUACAAGACAACGUGAUUCCGGUGUGAAUAAUCAGGGACAUGUGACAGUCAUGUGAGGGUGCAGUGGCUGAUGGGAAUCGUAGUCCAGGGCUGUAAUCUCAGAUGCAUUGUUUUGAUAAUUACCUUUAAGAAUAAAUAUCUUUAGCCUCUGUUGAUGGUGUAUGUAAACUUAUGAUCUUAUUCCAGUUUCUUUGGAACAUUGCAGUGGUGUUGUAAUACUGUAUGUUCCAGAGCAUAAAGCAGUGAAUGUCAUUAGUCCUCAGCUGACAGGAUCCUGACUCUAACAUUAUUUACAGCUCUUGGUUUGGAGGUUUCACAAACUUUGCUAUAACUGACCUUGAUUUCUAGACCUUAAAUAAUGAACACAUAAAAAGAAAACCAAUAUUAAAUGUGAUUUAUUAAGUAAGAACUUUAUCUGAACCUUAAAACUAGGAUGCAGGUGACAAUAUUUAAUCAGAAUCCAGAUCAGGAUCCAAAAAUGUACCCAGUGAUUUAUGAGCAUUAAUGAGCUGUGAAAUCAGAUGACGAGUUUAUUGUCCAUCAGUAUGAAAAUUGAUGUAACAUUUGUGCAACUGAAACAUUAUUCUGAGCAUUAAAACAUUAUGCCCAGGGUUUUUAUGCAUUCCUGGAGUCUGUAAUGUGCUCAGGAAAGUUAAUAAGCAGAUCCACAACUUUAUUUCUAAAAGCAAGAUGGACUGUUUUCUGCAUCUAAAUUUUAAUUUAGGGCCAAAGCAGAUGUUUCUCUCGCUAAGAGGUUUGGGUGACGCCCAAGAAUACCCUGGUCGACUUGACUUAGUCCUCUCUGCUAGUGUGUGUUUUCUGAAGAAGAGCUUUUUACUGAAAUGUGUUUACUUUUAUUACCAGGGACCUCAUAUAUGUUGUUUCUUCUUUUUAUGAAACCUAAAUUCAAGUAAAAAUCAUUUUGGGGAUAUUUGACUCCUCUACAUGGUCUAAAAUAAACUAAUAAAUAAUAUUACAUAAGGAACUAAAGGUUCCACAGUCAUGAGGAACUUAUCAGUAUUAAACCCAAAGUAAUGAAGUGCCAGCAUGCAAAACAGUGACACUCCUAAACCCUUACAUGUUCAUCACAUGAGCACACAGGCGUAAUGCCUACAGAAUACAAACUAGAUUUCUACAUGUUAACCUGAAAUAUUAAAAUCUGAAAAUAUGGAUUGCUUGUUGUUGGUACAGUGACUGUUCACGUCUAACUUUCACGUGUUUUUCUGAGAAGUGAACAUAAGGCAAGUAGAAAACAGAGAUUUAUUAACAGCCAUGCAGUCCUACAGUCACACAUUUGCUGAGAUAUCUUCCAAUUAAAAUCGACAUUUAUUACUGCAAAAACUCAUUUACAGGAUGGUAACAUAUUAUUGAUUCUCAAACCCAGAAAUAUAAUGUGCAGUUCUUCCUUUUCAUCUUCUGACCUUCAAGCAUUUUACAAUAGUGGAUUAGUGGCAAAAAUCUCAAAGCUGAGGGAAAUGAUUUUAAGUGAAUUAUCAGAGAUUCAGAUGUUUCCAGAUGUGGAUGGGAUACUGGAAAUAUAGUUUAAUAUGAGAAAAUACAUAGAUGAACGGUUAGUGAUCAAGUCCAAGAACAUUUAUCCAAAAUGUAGAAUGAAAUGCAUGCAGCAGGUGGAUUUCUUUAAGACAGCACAUUGAAAAUCCCUGGAAUUGGUAGAUGGUAAACAGAAGAUGCAUCACAGGAACACAUUUUCUCUGCUUCUAUUAAGGGCAUUAAGAGCAGAUUAUCGGAACCCCACUUGCCUUCCAAGUAUCGAAUAAUUUCCUUCAUUCUCUGUCCAGUAUUUAAACUGUUUGUCAGCUUUACCUUUUUAACAUCUGUAUUUAUAGCACAUGUAACCAGGUUCCUUCAAGCUCAGUGUUGCAGUUGUAGCGAUUUCACUCAGAACACCGUAUCAAUAAUGCAUCACUAUAAUGCUGUAAAUAGCUUUCGGGUGUCCUGAAAUUGUGCAGCAUGGCAUGGUGGGAACUGCACCCUUUUUUCUUGUACCAGAGUAGACGAAAGGUCUUUGGUUUGUAUCUGAUGCAUCUUGCAAGAAAGGAAACAAUAGAGAAACAUUAUAAAAACCCUCAGGUAGUUUCAACUUCAGGCUUGAUAUACAGUAGUAUCAUGCAUGUUAUUAUGCUAAAGCCAUAUGAGAUACAGUUGUAUAAACUCCUAUAGGUAUAUUUUUCUAAUGUAAAAUGUAUAAAAUGUGUAAGAAGUGGAUUUACAGGUACAUAUAAGGAGUGUAGACUGAAGAGAGUAGGAGAUAAAGUGAGGCUUGUAAUACAUUUCAGGGUAUUUAUUUACCUGCUGAAGCCUGAGGAUGUAUAAAGCAUUUGGAAUGUUUAUGGAAUGCAUUUAGUUACAGACAAGUUGUAAUGUGUGUAGUAACAGAUGUAAUGCUGUAAUGCCUGGCUUGGUAUCAACUGCCUUAUUUCUUGCUCUUUAAUGUGAUCAGAUAUUUUGUAUUUCUUUUUGGUACAUUUUUUGCAUUUUGCAAAAUUGUUCUCCAUCGAUUGCAACGGGAUUAAACUUCCCGAAUCUUUUACCUUUUUUCUGAAAUGAUUAACAGUGGCAGCUCCAUACGUCUUUAAGCAGACUGAGUGAUUUAAAGAAUCUUAGAUGAUCUUGUCUUAUUAUUCCUCUACAGCAAUAAUAAAAACACAAAUAGGAUCAAACGUGUUCUGCUUUUACACAUACGUGUGUCAUGGUUGCAGAAAGCGUACCGUUUAGAUGAUCAGAUAUUGGGCUUUUUGUGUUUGUGAGAAGAGUAGAAUUAAACCAUGUUCAUGUGAAUGACACUGAGGUUAGACAAUGUGACAUUUAGCAGCGAUGACCUGAGGGAAGCGACAGUAUGACAUUUACAGCAUAUGAGACCUGCUGGUGUCAGUGGUGUUACAGGGAUCUUUGGGGAAAGAAACAAAUCCAACAAGUCAAAUCUGAUUCAGUUCACAUUGGGCAGUCCAGCUAUGUCACGUGCACUGCAUUAUUAUGUCUUGGUCUUUUGUUUACUCGAUUUUAUCGAUUUAUAAUUUAAUUAUGUUUCAAUUAUAUUGCUUGGAGUAAAAAUAGGCACAGAAACAGUUUAGAACCAUCUGUCUUUCCAUCUCCUCUAUUCCUGUAUAUGUCAAUGAUGAACAGAAAACUACAUUCAGAUAUACUGUAGCACAAAAAACUGUCUGUUUACUUCAAUUACAUCAUAUAAAUAUAGUAAUGUCAAACCGGAUCCUGGAUUCAAUCCUCCGUUUUCUCUUUCAUGUCUCUUCCACAACUUAUUUUUUCUUUAUUGCUUGUAUUGUGCUUUUAUUACUGGUUUACUCUCUGCGUUCUCCCUGUGCAAAUGUAUAAACGAUUAUUGUACUUUUCUAUUUAUGCAAAGAAUGAUAAAAAAGGAACCUAUAUACAGUAAACUAUAUUUAAAAGAGUUUUCAUUUCAAUGCUGUGUGCUUGCGCGUGCUUGCGUGUGUGUGCGUGUGCAUGCACGUGUGUGUGUGUGUGUGUGUGUGUGUGUGUGUGUGUGUGCGCGCGUGCACGUGUGUGUGUGUGUGUGUGUGUGUGUGUGUGUGUGUGUGUGUGUGCCCUGAAUAUUAAAGUUUACUGUCCCCACACUAAUAAGGUUGUGAUAAAAAAAACCCGUGUAAAAACACCAAAUCACUGAUUGUUUUUCUU